AUGCCUCCGACAACAGCAUUAGGACCUCGAGCUAUAGUUUUGUCUGGACCAAGCGGAUCUGGUAAAAGUACAUUGAUUUCUGAAUUCUUCAAAGAAUAUCCAACAGCAUUUGCUUUUAGUAUAUCUCAUACAACAAGAUCUCCUCGACCAGGUGAACAAAAUGGCCGAGAAUAUCAUUUUGUUGCUCGUACUGAUAUGGAAAAAAUGAUUAGUAAUGGUGAAUUUCUUGAAACAACUGAAUUCUCAACGAAUCUCUAUGGAACAAGUAAAAAAUCUGUUCAAGAUGUUGCUCAAACAGGUCGUAUUUGUUUACUUGAUGUUGACAAACAAGGCAUUAAAAAUAUUCGGAAUACAGAUCUUAACGCCUUAUUUAUUUAUAUAAGCCCACCAAGCUAUGAAAUUCUUGAAAAACGUUUACGUGGUCGAAACACAGAAAGUGAAGCUGCUAUCGAAAAACGUUUACAAGAAGCAAAAGAAUCUAUGGAAUUUAGUAAAGUACCAGGCAUGUAUGAUCAUGUUGUAUUAAAUGAUCAACUCGAUACAGCUUAUCAAGCAUUAAAAGAAAUUCUUCAAAAAGACAUUGAUGCUGUUCUUGAACAACAAAAAAGCAAAUAA